GCUGCGGCCGUAUCCGCGCGCGUUGUUCCCCGUAAGUCUCCUCCAGCGGGAUGGUGGACCGAAGGUCUCGAGGAUUACAAUGCGUAUCACACUCGUUACCUCGCGCUUGGCUGCCAGAACUUCCAUGGCCAGGCGUUCUUUGACCAAUGCUGCCAUCCGCUCAAGGUCAACGAGACUCUUGAAACGGCUCGCCCACCCCAGUGCAUUCCCUCGGCAUCUGCGUCUGCGUCUGCUUCCCUUGCCGAGCCUACUUCGACCGAUGAUGGAGAUGACGAUGACGACGAGGACUGCGAGGACGAUGGUGAUGACAAUAACUCAUCCGCCGUCUCGGUGCCGUCUUCCACCAAGGCUCCCGAACCUAAGUCGACACCUGCGCCAUCUCCCGCCCAACCCUCCUCUUCAAAGAGCUCUUCCCAGGCAUCGAGCACUAAGACGUCGUCCUCUGCUAAAUCAUCACCCACAUCGUCAUCCUCGGGUAAUGUCAAUACCGGUGGCUUCGCUACUUUCUACCUCCAGAAUGGUAACCAGGGAGCGUGCGGAUAUGAGGUGUUCGACGAUUCAGCGCUCAUCGCCGCGAUUGACGCUCAGCGCUACGGUGACACUGGCGUUGUCUCUGAUCUUUGCGGGAAAAUGGUGAAGAUCACGAACACGGAUAACAACAAGCAGGUCACCGUGAAGAUCGUGGAUGCCUGCCCGACGUGUGAGAAUGGGAACAGCAUCGAUCUCAGCACGGGCGCGUUUGACCAGAUCGCCGACCCCUCGACCGGCAUUGUCCCUAUCUCCUGGGAAUUUGUCUAG